AUGUUGGGAAAGCGGAAAAGAGAGUUGGUCAUCGCGCCACGUCAAACACCACCAAAGUCUCCAAAACAAGAGGAAUCUGGCGAUGAUUCACCUUCCGGAAACAACGAUGUCUUCCGACGCUACUUUGAAUCUGCCUUUGAGCCACUUCCAUUUACUGAAACCGACACACUCAGUGCAUCUGAAGAUGAAGAACCAUCAGCACAACCAUCAGAUGAGGAAUCUGAUUGGGAGGGACUAUCAGAUCCAAUAACAGCAGUAUCUACUGUCCAAAUCGUUGAGCACAAAGUGGCUCAGCUGGAUGAUGCAGCAGACGACGAGCAACAACGUCAGCGGUAUAAAGAAUUCAUGACUUCGAAACCGCCCAGUCAAAAGAAGCAGGGCGCGAAAGGUGCCAUCCCCGGCAAGCGAAGCGAGCAAGAUGAUGACGAAUCUGAGGCAAUAAAUCUCAAACACGAUCUUGAUCUUCAAAGACUACUGAAAGAGUCUCAUCUAUUGGAACAGGCUAAAGCCUCAUCACUUCCAGGCACUCACCGUCAUAAAGCAGUCGAUAUGCGGAUGCAAGCAUUGGGAUCAAAAGAUUCACUCUUCACCCAGCAGAAGAUGCCUUUGUCCCACAGAAGAGGAAUUGCAGCCAAGGCGGUCUCUCAGGAAGCGCUACGAAGAAGGGAGGCCAAGGAGAGUGGAAUCGUUCUUGAAAAGGCUACAGGGAAGAACAAAUCGAGCGGAGUUCGCCGCGACCGUGGUGUUGAUGUACCUGCGGUGGGCAGGUUUCGAGGGGGAACCCUGAAGCUCAGCAAGAAUGAUGUUCUGGACAUCCGGGGAUCUGGCCAAAUUGGGAAGAGUCGAAAACGAGGCCGACGAUAA